UUUUAGGCCGAGGCUUGAGUUUGGAUAUGGUGUCUAAAGGCCAAGAAGAGCUUCUGAACCAACCAACCUUCCCAGGCCCUUUGGUGUUGGCAGCUGGGGACAGCAAGAUGGCAUCAGUCUCCCUUGGUUGGAAUAGGACACUUGGAAGAGGGAAUUUGGAGGUUCCUUUGGGAAGACCAACUAUUGGCUUAGGCAGAGCAUUAUAUAAGGCACCAAGUGAUUUAUCAUCUCCAGAUACUUCACUGUUAUCAUCAUCAUCACUACCAUCACCCAAAUCAUCGUUCCCCCUCUAUCAAGAUCACCCUCCAGAUAUUCCUGUUGAACAGAUGGAGAAAAAAGAGCCCCUUGUGAAACAAGGAUCAAAAGGAACCCCUCAACCUUUGGGAUUGAACCUAGUCAAAAUACACUGUCAGAAUGAAGCUGUGUAUCAGUAUCAUGUGACUUUCAGCCCCAAUGUGGAAUGCAAGAGUAUGAGGUUUGGCAUGUUGAAGGACCAUCGAUCUGUUACUGGAGAUGUCACUGCUUUUGAUGGAUCCAUCCUCUAUCUGCCCAUUAGACUUCAGCAAGCUGUUGAGCUGAAGAGUCAGAGGAAGACUGAUGGUACUGAGAUCAGCAUCAAAAUUCAGAUGACCAAGAUCUUGGAACCCAGCUCUGAUUUAUGUAUUCCUUUCUACAAUGUUGUUUUCCGGCGGGUAAUGAAACUUUUAGAUAUGAAACUUGUGGGAAGAAAUUUCUAUGACCCUUCAAGCGCUAUGAUACUACAACAGCACAGGCUGCAGAUUUGGCCAGGCUAUGCAGCUAGCAUUAGACGGACAGAUGGAGGACUAUUUUUGUUAGCUGAUGUCUCCCACAAAGUCAUUCGAAAUGAUUCAGUGUUGGAUGUUAUGCAUGCCAUAUAUCAGCAGAGCAGUGAAAACUUCCAGGAUGAAUGUACCAAGCUUCUGGUUGGCAACAUUGUUAUAACCCGAUACAACAAUCGUACCUAUCGAAUUGAUGAUAUUGACUGGAAUAAAACUCCAAAAGAUAGCUUCAUAAUGUCUGAUGGGAAGGAGAUUACAUUCUUGGAAUACUACAGCAAAAACUAUGGAAUUACAGUAAAGGAAGAAGACCAGCCACUUCUAAUCCACAGGCCUAGUGAAAGGCAGAAUAACCAAGGGAGGCUUUUAAAAGGAGAGAUUUUACUACUUCCAGAGCUAUCUUUCAUGACCGGAAUCCCAGAAAAAAUGAAGAAAGACUUUAGAGCCAUGAAGGAUUUGACUCAGCAAAUCAACCUAAGUCCUAAACAGCACCACACUGCCCUGGGAAACCUCUUGCAAAAAAUUUCAAAGAAUGAGAUGGCCAACAACGAAAUGAUACGAUGGGGUCUCUGUCUGGAUACAGAUGUACAUAAGAUUUCAGGGCGUGUCCUACCAAUGGAAAGAAUAAAUUUGAGAAAUAGUUCAUUCAUCACAUCUCAGGAAUUAAACUGGACUAAGGAAGUAACUCGGGAAGCUUCUAUUUUAACAGUUCCUAUGCAUUUCUGGGCACUGUUUUACCCAAAGAGAGCUGUUGACCAAGCCCGAGAGUUGGUUGGUAUGUUGGAGAAGAUAGCUGGACCUAUUGGUAUGCAGAUGAGCCCACCUGCCUGGAUUGAACUAAAAGAUGACCGGAUAGAGACAUACAUUAGAACCAUUAAAUCCAUGCUGGGAGUUGAGGGGAAAGUUCAGAUGGUGGUUUGCAUCAUCACAGGCACACGAGACGAUCUCUAUGGGGCUAUCAAGAAGCUGUGCUGUGUGCAAUCUCCAGUGCCCUCACAAGUCAUCAAUGCCCGAACUGUUGCACAGCCUACCAAGCUAUGGAGUGUGGCUCAAAAAAUUUUAUUACAGAUUAACUGUAAAUUAGGUGGAGAACUUUGGGGAGUGGACAUUCCAUUAAAACAACUGAUGGUGAUUGGAAUGGAUGUUUAUCAUGACCCCAGCAGGGGGAUGCGUUCUGUGGUUGGCUUUGUUGCAAGCAUCAGUCUCUCCCUCACCAAAUGGUAUUCCCGAGUGGUGUUCCAGAUGCCUCAUCAAGAGAUUGUGGACAGCCUAAAGCUGUGCCUGGUGGGUUCCUUAAAGAAGUAUUAUGAGGUAAACCACUGCCUGCCAGAGAAAAUCGUGGUAUACAGAGAUGGAGUAUCAGAUGGUCAGCUGAAGACAGUUACCAGCUACGAGAUCCCCCAAUUGCAGAAGUGCUUUGAAGCUUUUGAAAAUUACCAACCUAAGAUGGUGGUGUUUGUAGUCCAGAAAAAAAUUAGUACUAAUUUAUACUCAGCUGCUACAGAGAAUUUUGUAACUCCCUCCCCAGGUACUGUAGUGGACCACACCAUCACAAGCAGAGAAUGGGUGGAUUUCUACCUACUUGCUCAUCACGUGCGGCAGGGUUGUGGCAUUCCUACACAUUAUGUGUGUGUUCUCAACACUGCAAACCUGAGUCCUGACCAUAUGCAGAGGUUAACUUUCAAGCUUUGCCACAUGUACUGGAAUUGGCCUGGCACCAUCAGAGUCCCAGCUCCUUGCAAGUAUGCCCACAAGCUAGCUUUCCUGUCUGGACAAGUCUUACAUCAUGAACCAGCCAUCCAGUUGUGUGAGAAGCUCUUUUUCCUAUAACCCAAAAGAGUCAGCAAGCAAAUUAAGGAAAGAGAAAAAUGAGUUUUUUGGAUUUGUAACCUCAGCUAUGACUUCUCCAGGAUCAGCAGAGACAAAAGGUGGCAUUUUUGAGUUGCUGUUUUCCCCCUCCUCAACCCAAUAAUAUUUACUUAUUUUAUUUUUUCAUCCUGCUACCACCAAGAAAACUAGUUAUUUCAGCCCUGUGUGACUUGGAAAUUACUAUUCCCCAUAUGGGAAGGAAUUAGAACAUUGCCACUUUUGGAGGUCUGGGAAAAGUUAAAAAAAAAAGACAAAAAACUUUUAAGAGCCCCCAAGCCAAAUAGAACUAUAAGAAUCUGUAGCUGCUCUGUUCUCUAAACCCCAUAACCUUCUCUGGUGCCAUAGGUGAGAAAAUAAGUGGUCAUUGCAAGUUCCUUAAGGAGAUAUUUGGACAAUUGGAAAAGGGUAAAGAGCUGUUUCUUUAAAAUAGGCAUUGCCCCUGCUGGCCUGGUGCUUAGCCUUUCCAUGGAAUUGGGCUCGAUUCAGCAAGCAUUUCUCAUGACACUUCUGACAUAAAAGCCUGUUUUAUUUUUUUUUAAUAAAUUUUUAUUGAUAUCUUUUGUUUUUACAUCACCUAAAUUUCCCACUGUUGAUCUUCUCCCUUUCUCUCAUAGAGAAUCAGCCCUGUGACAAAUGAUAAAAAAGAGGGAGAACAAAGAAGUUUGGUAAAAGCUAACCAGAUGAUCUUGAAAAAAAUCUGAUCUUUAGCUCUAGUCCUCUACUUCCUAAAAAGAAUUGAGGAAGGUGUGUUAAGAGUCUUUUUUUCAUCCUUCACUUUAGAUCUCUGGAACUCCGAAAAUUUCAAAUAGAGCAUUUCUGUGUUUCAUGUGCUUUCUAGUUCCAUUGGUUGGGCUUAGCAUUAGAACUGCUAACCUAGGGAUUUAAAAACCUUCUAUUUUGAAUUUUGCCUUCCAACCCCAAAUCUAUUUCUUGAAAAGUUCUUGAGCCUAGAAGGGAGACAUUUGGCAUAUGGGAUUCUUUUUUAGGGAUUUCCCCAAAUAUAGUACAACUUUUCCGCCAGUCUGGUUAAGUCUGUUAUUUAUAUAUGGAAAAAACUGAAAUAUUUAAUUGUCUUGAACAAUGAUCUUUUGUUGGCCAUUCAGUUUUGUAGAAAGUUCUCUGAAGCUGGGGCAAAUUUUUUAGCAACUCUGCUUUUAAAAGUGCAGUGUACACAGUCCAGAUACCAGAAUUUCCAUACAUAAAGAAGGCUGCUGUUUCUUCUCUCUUUAGAAUUAGGAGAAUGCUAGUAUGUUUGCUUGUACUCCCUUUUGUUUUGGAAGGGCCAAUUUGGUCUCUCACUUAAUCUUUCAAUCUCUCACCUAUAUUAUAUAUAUAUAUAUAUUUCAGUACCUUCCCCUUUUCAUUUUGCUCUUUCACCAAGGAAGGAAGGAGACAUGUAUAUUUUAUUUGUGAAUUGUGAGAAAAAGAAAAAGCCAAAAACUCUUUUAGAAAAACAAAAUUAGAAAGUUGUUUUCAUUUACAGUAGAGUUCAUAGAGGUUGAUUCAUGAAAGCCAUGUCAUUUCUUGGGUGCAUUUCUGUUUUUAUUUAGAUGUUGGGGAUAGGAGAAGAAAAAAAGCUAAGAAUUUGGAAUUUUCAGAACACUGAACUUUAACAUUGUUGAAUCAUUGGUCUAUAACUCGACAGAUAGCUUUUUCAUCUGAUUCUCUCUGCAAGCAUUUUGAAUUUAUCCUUUGAAAUUGUAUUCUUAAAGAUCUUGUCUAUCUGAUACAAUCAAAAAAGUUAAAAACAAUAUUUAAGUGUAAUGAAAA